AUUCUGAAUGAAGGAGCUGCUGUAGUGCCUGAGGAAAUACAAUUUUACUGACUUGCUUACUAUCUCUUUACUUCAUAUUUUUACCAGUUCUCUUCACACAGUGCAGUUCAGGUAUCUUGUAUAAGGUCUCUUUGUGUUUUGUUUAACAAAAUCUGUUUCACAAAGCAAAGUUUUUUGAGUUGAUGAGCUCAGCAUCCCAGUAGUUUGGAUAGGAGCUGCCAUAUAAAGCUGUUAUAGGAGGUAUUUUCAGGAGGUUGAGCAGUGUGUAGUUUUUUUGUUGAUAUCACAAAAUAUACUGCUUAAGUAAUGCAACUAAAGCAGCAGUUGUCUUCAGAAACUUCAGUUUUAGUGUCUAGUUGUAUGGUUCACACAGUGUUAUUUAGGAAAAGAAGGGCUAGGAAUGUGUUUCAGAUGAUUUAACACAGAGUUCUGUGCAUGUCCUAGAGCAGAAUAAAUUCAGGUUGCCGGUAACUGUACACAUGUUCCAGUGUCUCAUUCUGAACGAUAUAAUGCCACUGGAAGGAGAAACACCUGAGUGUCUGUAAGUCAGUGCUGUUUAUAGAAAAGUAGUGAGAUAGUGUUAGCCUCUUUUGGAUACAUUGAUUUAAAGAAUUUUAACUACUGUUUUCUGCCACUGAGUUCCCGGUGGGAGAGUGUAGCUGGUAAAAAUAUGGUGGAUGAAGAGAUUGUGUUUCUGGAGAUGAUGGUUUACAUGAAGGACUUUGGAUUCAAAGAAGUUUGUGUUACACUGUGGGAGCAAAUAUUACACUAGGAGAGCAAGAAAUAAAUUUGAAGCUGUUUGAUCUGCAUUUUGAUCUUGGUUCAGUACAUACCCCAAGACAUGAGCUAGGAAACAUGGACUGAGGAAUGCUUCAGAGAAAAAACUACAUCAAGAAGCUGUUUUUUUAAAGAGGUGAAAAUACUGAACAAGGAGUACAGGUAAUGAGCUAAAGUAGUGUAGUUAAAUACUGUGUGAAAGAACACAAGUGUAUUGCCGCUAUUAACUCAUCAGAAAAUGAAAGAAUUGGUCAGGAUGCUAAAUGUAAACUUCACCAGAGCUUCAGGUGUGGUUUUCAUUUAGAUUUUGGAAUGUGUAUGAACCUUUGUUCGGAACUAGGGAACCUGGCCCAGGACAAUGCUUUCCCCUUGGUCUUUGAUAGGAAAAGUAGGACAAGUUUAUGUACCUUUUUGUCACACUGUCCCUUGACACUUGAGUUAUAAUUGAUGAUUUUUUUAUCUUUUGUGGUUACUGUGGGGGAUGCUUGCAUUGCAUGCAGCCUGUGGCAAAUGACCAAGUAUCUACUAUAGCUGCUUCAGGCAGCUGAAUUUGUUCAGUGGUUAAUCUUGUGGUGGAAGUAUGUGGUUAUUCAUAGCUGCUCAUGAUUUGAUUUAAUUGUCAUCUGUUGAAUUUUUUUGGCCUAACUUAGAAUUUAAACACUUAAUCUCUAAAUCCUGUUCUGAAGUUUUUCAUGUUCUGUUGGAAUUUUUAUGCUUGCUGGAGUCCUUGUGUAAAAUUCCUAUGCAUUCUUUAGAAUUAGGAGACAUCUCUUUGUACAGCAUAUUUGUCUCUUAUAUAGCAUUAGAAGGUCUUAGUCAAUGACUUGGGUUCUGGUUACCAGGUCUUGCACAGAAAAGGAGACUGUUUCUGGAAUCAGGUACAUGAGAUGAAGGGAACCUAGAAUAAGGGCCCCAGAAGAUUUUGAGAGUAGAAACUUAACAUUGAAGUUUAGGUGCUUUUUGUUGAUGCUGAUGCCAGGUGCUGAGGAUACAGUAAUUAUGCAAUGAACCUGUGUGCAAAAUGGAAAUGGGAAAUACUGAGAAGUGCACAGGAAAGAAAGGGGUAGGAGGAAUUUCACUAUAAGCUGAGGAAACACUGUAAUACCAUGCUAGAGAGAGAGGUAACUUUCAGGUGCAAUACUGGCUGAAACACUUGGAAUUGUGAACAAAUUUUUCCAGGCUUUGAACCUUGCUCUGGUCAGUGGUACAGGACUUUAUAAAUUCUCUUAGUUCAAAGAGCUUAGAUUAAGUAAAAACCUGAGUAUCUCACCAAUUUUGUGUAAAAACACCCCAAACGAAACAAAAAAACCCCACAAACCUUUUCCCUAAACUGAUCAAAAGGGUUAAAAUAUGAUUGUGUUUUGUGUCUAUGGUAAUUUGUGUCAAUUAGUACCUCGUAUUCACUGGAAAAGCUGUCAGGUAAGCAAUACCCAUUUUCCAUUUAACCUCAUUCUUUGGAAAGUUACAGAUAAUGGAAAUAGUUGUGCAGUGUUUCUACCAUGAGCAGAGGAACAUUAGGGCUUAAUUACUUUAGACAGUUUUGCUUGACUACAAUCUUUUUUGCCCCUCUUUUCUAGCACAGUUUACAGAUGUGUCUAUUGCUGUGUAUAGUGUAUUAAUUCCCCUGUUUAAAUCUAUUAAAACAACUAACAUUUUAAUAUUAUUUCAGUAUUGUCUGACAUUACCAAAAAAAGGAAAAUCUACAGUCUCUACAAACUGAGAAGUUGUGCUGUUCAAAAGUUUUUCUAGCAUACUUUGGAGGUGAUGCCCUUCAGAAUACUGAAGAUUUAAUUGUGUCUUGGUUACAAGAGUGUUUAAAGUUUAGACAAAAGACCCUGUCAUUGCUGUAGUUGUCAAGGUGCCAACAUCUUCAAGAUAAAAAUGUCCUUUUUUUUCUCCCUUUUCAUUGCUUAAUAAGCAGGAGGACUGGAUCCAAUGUACGCUGGCCAUUGCAUGUCACUGCUGCCUGAUAGAUUUAAAAUAUGUUGUUUAGUCAUCUGGGUCUUCUGUAAGUACGAAUGACGGCGUGAUUGAAAUGUGUGGGGUUUAUCUGGGCACUCCAGAAGACCGGGGUCAGUGGAAAAAAAUGAAGAUGUGUUCUACAGUGAAAAUAACGAUCUUGAUAGAUUUCUAACCUCUAACUUUUGAGCUUCCCAUCUUAUACUGUAAUACUUGAACUUUUAUCUGUAGUUUUUUCUAGGAGAACAUUGCAUUGUAAGUACAUUUUGCUCUUUUGAAACAAGAACUCAUUUGUUAGAUAUUGCGGUCACUGGCUAUUAUGAUAGCUAAAAGUGGUAAACUGUGAGGAAGCUUUUAUUUAAGAUGCUAAGAAAGGGGUAGUGCUCAAAUAAAAAAGAGACAUGAAACUUUUAAUUUGUUGGUCUGAUUUGGAAGCAGCCCUAUGAGAUGUAGUACAGUCAUUUUCUAGUGUGUUCUGUUAAUUAAAAUUCAGGAGGCAUUUUCCUGUUCCCUGGCUUAACUGAAGUUCUUGCUGUGCUUUUGUUCCAUAUCUGAAUAGAUGUUGUUGAAAGCCAAAGUGUAAGGGAGAACUUUUCAAAGCCGGCAUGACUCACUGAACGGUGAGAAUAUCACAAAGUGUACAGGCAGCUGUGUUCACAGGGCUGUUUUAAACUGACAGUUAACUUUUCAGUGGAAGACUUGCCUCCUUAUUACUUCUGGAUUUUCGCUAUAUCUGGGAAAUAUUUUUCCAUCUGAAAUGGAUUAUUUACGUUGUGCAGCAGGUUCAUGUAUUCCUUCAGCAGUUGUGAGCUUUGCUAUAGCAAGGAGUAAAAUUAAUGUGAUACCAAAUUUUCAGAUUCUAUUUGUCUCUACAUUUGCCGUUACAACAACAUGUUUAAUUUGGUUUGGAUGCAAACUUGUCCUCAAUCCAUCAGCUAUAAAUAUAAAUUUCAACUUGAUUCUACUUAUUCUGCUGGAAAUCUUCAUGGCAACUACUGUGAUCAUUUCAGCUAGGUCUACUGAAGACUGCUGUACAAGAAAGAAAAAUACUGCAUAUGACAGUGCCAUUGUUUUGAGCAAUGUCAGCUUUCCUGCUCGAAUUCUGAAGUCAUACUCAGUAAUUGAGGUGAUUAUUGGAAUUUCAUCAGUGUUUGGUGGAAUAAUUGCUUUGAAUAUGGAUGUUCUAGUCUCAGGUCCAUACCUCUCAGUGACAUUCUUUUGGAUCUUAGUUGCUUGCUUUCCAAGUGCUAUUGCAAGUCAUGUAGCUGCUGAAUAUCCAAGUAAAUGUCUGGUUGAGGUCCUGAUUGCCAUUAGCAGUGUUACCUCUCCUUUGUUGUUCACUGCUUCUGCAUACUUAUCCUUCAGUAUCAUGCAAGUUGUUGACAUCUUUAAAAGUUACCCACCUGCCGUUAAACAAUCUUAUGAUGUACUCCUGUUGCUUCUGAUGUUGAUGCUCCUAAUUCAGGCAUGCCUUACUAUUGGAACUGUAAUACAGUGUGUGAAUUACAAGACAAAAAUGAAACUACAAGAUUCAGCAUGGACACCAUCACAGGUUAAAAAACAGGAAUACAGAACAACAGAGGUUUCCAAUAAUACCUUAAAGGAUUUUGACAAAGAUAAAGCUUGGAAGGCAGUUGUGGUGCAGAUGGCUCAGUAGUUUGGAUUCUACAAAUGCAACCAACACAGCACAAUCCAAUAAGAUAAAUCAAAUGUUUGAAUUAAGGUUUAAAAACUUUUCCAUUUUUAAACAGCAAUAUAGUUGCAGCAGUAGGAGCCAUGGAAUAACACAGUAAAUGAUGUAUCUUUCUAAUAAUUUUAAAAUUCGUUAAUAAUAUUUUUAACACAUCUGUCUUUUCUGUUGGUGUCUGUAGGCUAGUGUUUAGAAGAUACCUUUAGAAAAAGGUAAUGAGUCACAUGGAUUUAUGCUGAUGGCAAGGUAAAAUAUUGCAAUAUGUAGUAGGCUUCAUAUAUUUGCAAGAGAUUGUUAUAACUGCAGUUAUGCAGUCAGUGUGACUGAUAAAUGCUUUUGUAAAGUUAUGAGUACAAGUCAUAAUUGAUGUUUUUGCUUAUACUUCACUUUUGUAGGAGUUGUAAAGUUGUUCUGCAUCUUAUUGCUUUUAUAUAAAUAAAAGUCUUUAUUAUGUGGAAACUCAA